UCGGUUUUGUGUUGUGUGUACAUCCAAGCGCCCUAAAAAGAGCCAAGAUCAUUGUGUUGGAGAGACCCUCGGUCGUAUAAUUAACAAUUUGAUUAAUUUAAUUAUCAUUUAACUGGAAAUCAAUAGUUUUCCUCGAUGUAAGCGAGUUGGUGGAAUCGAGUCAAAUGUUCCAGAAGUUGGCGUCGAAUAUAAUAAUAAUAAAUUAUAAUUAAUUGAAAUUUUGAUACAAAAUGGAGGCGCGCUGCAGACUGUGUUUCGAAGAAUGCUUGGAGAUGGAACGCAUAUUCCCGGAUAACGACGACGAAGACGAUGUCGAUUGUGAAUCUCAGGUGGCAAUAAAAAUCUACAAAUGUACCUCGCUUCAGUUGCCAGUUGAUGAUGAUGAUUUGACCUCGCAAAUUUGCAAAAAAUGCACGACAAAGCUGGAUGAGUUCUUCCAAUUUCGGGUGACAUGUAGAAAAAAUAACAUACAGUAUUGCAAGCGGAAACAGACGGAACCGUACGAGACAGUUGAUAAAGUCGAAAUCGAGGAAAGUAAGCUGGAAGAGCACGAUAAUGAGGAUAUCAAUUUGGAAAAGUUGGAUGAGACCUUGCUUCGGGCGUUGGAGGGCAAAGAUGUAUCAAUGGAUCCGUCUGCUUUCGAUCACACAUUUGGCAGUGAGGUGAAGCCGGAAGAUUUGCUAAAGAUAAGCUUGGGAUUUGAUGAGGAACAAUCGAUGUCAACGGAAGAGCCGGUCAGCUCGAGCUCAGCACGAUGUAAUGAAUGUGGAGGGGAUUUUUCCUCACCUUUCGAACUCAACCAGCAUGCACAGUUUUGUCCUGCGCAUCAAAAAUCCGAAGAGUACAACUUGCAAAUUUCACAUGUUGUCGGAAGAUCCGUACUAAGCUGUUACAUAUGCAACAAAACCUUUCCAAGCGUACAAGAACUCAAAUACCACGAAUCAAUGCACUCCAAUACCAACUCGUUGAAGUGUAACUUUUGUCUUCAAACCUUUACCUGCUCUCGUACACUCAAGUUCCACAUGGAUCAGCACAAAAUGAAAAAUACCCUACCGGACGGUCGCUUCAAAUGUGACCUCUGUGAUGCCACCUUCAAGCUGUACGGAAACCUGAUCAUCCACAGACGAAGCCACACGGGAGAACGUCCCUACGCGUGCAACAUUUGCGGCCGAGCAUUUUCCACGUCCAGCAAUAUGAAAACACACAUGAACGUUGUACAUUCGCAGGAUCGACCGUACAAGUGUAACCAUUGCCACAAAAGUUUCAACUCCGAAGUCCGGCUUCGCUCGCACGUGGAAACCCAUUCAUUCCCGAUGGGUGGCAGCUCGAGUGAAUCGGCGGGAGGCAGCGAACUGUCCAGCACGUGUAAGAUUUGCAACAAAACAUUCAGUCAUCCAUCGUAUCUGACGAUCCACUAUCGGGUGCACACCGGCGAACGACCAUACCAGUGCAAAUUCUGUUCCAGUGCAUUUGCCACAAGCGGAAACCUGAAGGUUCAUAUGAGAAUCCAUGCCGCACAGAAGGUGCGACCCUAUAAAUGCAAUAUGUGUACCAAGUCGUUCCUACACGCUAGCAAUCUGUCGGUUCAUAAGAAAACUCAGCACUAUUAGAUGUUGGGGAUUUUAUUAGAUUCUAGGGGGUUUCGACAGAGUAAGAAAACUCUUUGCUUUAAGCUAUUGAUGUUAGCGGUCUUCGAUAGAUUCAUUUAAGUCAAAUCCUAUCAGUGAAGCUAUUGCUUUAAUUUAUUAAUUUAUUACUUACACUCUUUUUUUUUCCUUUACAAAUAUACUUUUCAAUACCUUAUUGUUUAAAAACUUUUAUUUAUAUAUUGUUAAAAAAAAGCAGAUAUUUCAAAUUAUAUAUAUAUCCAACACCCUAGACUAGAUUAAAGAGAAACUUAUUUAUGUGUUUAAUUGAGAUAGCUGAAGUCUCCAUUUCUUUACUUCCUUGUUGGUGAAUGGUAGUGGAUAUUAUGCUCAGUGUUUUCUUCCGGCCGCCACUGCAAAUACCAAUUAGUCGAUUUUAGCAUUGUAGGUGGCCCGUAAUUUUAUUGUAAACAAAAUUGUAUUACAAUCAAUCCAACAUAAAUCAAAAAUAAAGCUCUUAAAUACAGUA